AUGGCCGCAAGCUUCCAACAAAUUCAGAAUGUUCUUCUGAACAACCCUGUCGCCCACACUCUGUCAGAUGCCAUCAACUCAUUCUCGGAAAGGAGAGCGAAGCUUGGCCUGUCCAACCCCGGCACCACCGAGAACCUGACGAAGGAAGUCCAGCGCGAUGUCCUGCUCAGCAACUACAUGUUCACUGGCCUCCGCGCCGACCUCACCAAGGCCUUCAGCAUGUCACCUUUGUUCCAGGUUUCUCACCAGUUUGCUAUGGGCGACCGUCUGAACCCGUACACCUUUGCUGCGCUGUAUGGAACGAGCAAGGUUUUCCUGCAAGGAAACAUGGACAACGAUGGACAGCUUUCUACCCGAUUUAACUACCGAUGGUCUGAUAAGCUGGUGUCGAGGGCCCAGUUCCAGGCUGCUCCCGGCGCCGGCCAGGAGAUGCUUCAGUUCGAGAACGAGUACACAGGCGACGACUUUACUGCCUCCCUCAAGAUGCUCAACCCCUCCUUCCUCGAGGGCGGCAUGACCGGCAUCUUCAUUGGAAGCUACCUUCAGUCUGUUACCCCCAAGCUUGCUCUCGGUCUCGAGACCGUCUGGCAGCGCCAAGCCAUGACCCAGGGCCCCGAAACCGCUACUUCCUACUGCGCUCGCUACAAGUCCGCCGACUGGAUCGCCACCGCUCAGCUCCAGGCUCAAGGUGCUCUGAACACCUCUUACUGGAGACGUCUUUCCGACAAGGUUCAGGCCGGCGUUGAUCUGUCUUUGUCUCUCGUCCCUGGUGCUGGAGGUGUCAUGGGUGGGUUCCAGAAGGAGGGUGUCACCACCAUUGGCGCCAAGUACGACUUCAGAAUGUCCACUUUCCGUGCCCAGGUCGACUCCAAGGGCAAGCUGAGCUGCUUGUUGGAGAAGCGCAUUGCUGCCCCUGUCAUGAUGACUCUGGCCGCCGAUGUUGACCACUUCGCGCAACAAGCGAAGAUUGGUGUCGGUAUCUCCAUUGAGGCCGGUGGCGAGGAGCUCCAGGAGCAGCAGGAGACUCUCGGUGCUCAGGGCACCCCCAACAUCCCCUUCUAA